AGCACCGACAAAAAUGGCGAUCUUGACAUUUCCCGUACUUUCAGCUGUUUAUGACGUUUUUGCAUGAACCUGGAGUAAAUGCUAGCUCGUUGAAUCUUAAAAAGACUUCAACACAUGAGUUGGAUAUCGGAUAAAUCAAAGUGCUCCAUAGUUAUUGUAUCCAAUCGUACGUAAAUACAUAAUAAAUGGUUUCAUAACACAGAAAGGGGAGGAGCAUAAAAUAUAGUUUUGACAGUCACUCAUGUCAGAUUUCGUGUUAAUAUUUACCGCCGUAUUGAAUGCAAACUUAAUCAACGUUUAGAGUGUUUUACCUAUGUGAAUUUCAUGCAUUGAGGGUGCUUUAGAAGUUGACAGCAUGCAUUUUUCAAUCCCCGACACCUCUGAGAUAACAGAUGGAUCUGGGUCAACUUUUACGAGUUUUAACAUUCACAUCAAUGGAGUGUUUCACUGCACAGCCCGAUUCAGCCUACUGUUCAGCUUCCAUGAACAGCUCAAAAAGGAGUUUGGAGUGAACAAUUUGCCGCCAUUUCCACCCAAAAAAUUAUUUCAAGUCGCUGGCCCAAAACUGGAGGAAAGGCGACAAAUGCUUGAAAGAUACAUACAGAUUGUGAGUCAGGAAGUUGCUAUUGCCAACAGUGAUGUGUUCAACCAGUUCCUGCUGACAGCACAGCAGGAGACCCAGAAGGAGCAGUCUGAGAAUGUCUCCCUGGAUGUGUACCUGAUGAACGGACACAAGAUUUCUAUCGGUGUCGUGUCCACCGACCAGACAGAGGACGUACUGGAGUCAGUUGCUUCUCAGAUCGAUCUGCCAGAAGACUUUGUCUACUACUUCGGUCUAUAUCUAGUCUGCAAAGAAGCGAGUGAUGGAGAAAUGACAAUUGUACGUAAACUUCAAGACUUUGAGAGUCCGUAUAUUUCACUGAAGUCGGCCACCAAACAAGGCGUUCAUAGAAUAGUACUGCGGAAAAGUUACUGGGACUCAAGUUUUGAUGAUGAACUGCUUGCAAACAAAGUUACCAUGAAUCUUCUAUAUGUUCAGGCUGUGAAUGAUAUUGAAAGGCGAUGGGUGAUAACAACAAAAGAGCAGCAAGAACAUCUAAAAUCAUUACAGCAAAAAGGAUCAAAACGAGAGUUCCUGCGUCUAGCGCGUACACUGAAGCACUAUGGGUACAUGCAGUUUCACCCGUGUGUGGCAGACUACCCGCAUGAUCAGUCCCAUGUGCUCAUCGCUGCUGGCAACAAGGAGCUCAGUUUUAGAGUGAAGCUGGCUCCAGACUCAGUCAAAGAGGGAUCAUUUAAGAUAACCCGAAUACGAUGUUGGAGGAUAACUACCACUGUGCCAGAAGGUGUUCGGCAGACGGACUCAACUCAGCUUGAACUGUCCUUUGAGUAUCUCAUGGCUAGGGACAGUCUGCAGUGGAUCACAAUCCAGUCUGAUCAGGCAAUACUAAUGUCGAUGUGCUUGCAAGGAAUGGUUGAAGAAUUGAUAAUGAAGAAACAAGGCAAGAAGAUGAAAAAGCCAUCCGAUCGGUCUAAGAAAGGCAAAAGAAGUUUCAAUAGAGAGAACAGCAUUGCAUCCACCUUGACACAGCAACCCAGUUCAGAGGCAGAGGAAAAUACGUCUUCCAAAGUACUGCUUUCCCACAAACCUGUUCCAAACCCUUUGAAGUUUUCGGACUUGAAGUCACUCAAAGGCAAAGGGAAUGACGCUGUUGGCAACAGUGCCUUUGACGCUGCCAUCGGCGAUGAUGACCUUUAGAUGAAAGGUCGGAAUUCAGUGUGCUUAGUGGUUCAUAUGAUGACGAGAAAUACUACUUAAUGUUUGAAAUGCUACUUUAUAUUUGAAAUGCUGCAUAGUCUUCGAUAUGCUGCAUAAUGUUUGAAAUGCUAAUAAGUACUUAAAUUGCAACUUAAUAUUUGAAUUGCAACUUAAUAUGUGAAUUGCAACUUAAUAGUUGAAUUGCAACUUAAGAGUUGAAUCGCAACUUUUAAGUUGAAUUGCAACUUAACUCUGAAACGUACUGUUGAUUCCAACUUAAUAUCUGAAUUUCAACUUAACUUUGAAACUUACUGUUUGAAUUGCAACUUAAUAUUAUUUGAAUUGCAAUUUAAUUUUUUAAUUGCAACUUAAUAUCUAAAUAACAACUUAAUAUGCCAAUUGCAAUUUAAUAAUUGCACUGCAACUUAAUAUUUGAAUUGCACCUCCAUUCUUAAAAUACUAUCGAAUAUGCUACAUAAGAUUUGAAUUGAACGCUUUUAUUUACAAUUGUUGAAGAUAUGUCAGUUGUAUAGGGUUACUUUAGAGUUACAUUCAACAAUUGAAAUUCUAACAUAUUUUUGGUGUUUUCUAUGAAUGUUUAAAAGGACAUUUAAAUAUGCACUGAUGAUCAAAACCAUUGAUUUAAUAGAUAGUUUGUGUUCAUUUCCCUGUUUUAAGAUAUUGGUUUGUAUUGAUUGGUUUCAUAUUGAGGGUUGCAAUGAUGAAAUGUUUGUUAUUAUGGCAAUGGUUAAAUUAAACAACUAACGACAUGACUUAAAGUAAGCAUUAUGAAUUAUUAACGUAUAAAAAUGAGUUGUGUUAUGAAAUAAUAUAGAAUAAGCCAUUCACAGUCGUCUUUACAAUGUGUUCACAUUUAACAUUUGAAUUUGUGUACCAAUCAUUGAAUGGCAGUUUUCGGUACAAUAUUUGAAUAUUUUUAUUUAUGACAAAGAGUUCGUAGUGUUUAAUACACAAAAGACAUUUUUCAAGGUUGUGUGUGUUCUCUUGCCAUGGACUACUUUCAUUUGAUUGUGAUACAAAGUGAUUUGGAUACAGUUAAGCUGGGUUGAUUCCAAAUGAAGUGGAUUGUUCUUUGCCACAAACAAAUAUGAAACUGACUUUUCAUGGAAAAGAAGUAGAAAUGUUUUGUUGUAUUAAACAACGUGUUCUGAUUUGUUUUCUUCUAAAAUAGAUGAACUCGCUCUUUUCUAAGAGAAGGGCAGGUGGGGUUUAAUUGUAGAGAUUUUUAAUGUGUUUUUCUUUACGGAAAUGAAACAUGUGAUUUGCUGCUGAAUAUAUCCACCAGAAGUUGUUGUAAGAACGAAAUGUAAUUGUCAAUUAUUGAUCUAUAUUGUUACAUUGAAAUGCUGAUAUUGUAGCUGUUAAUUAACAAACUUUAUCAGAGUUGUUUACAUUUGCCAACAAUGUCAUUCAACUUUUCAUUAGAAAACUGUAUUAUUUGGAAUAUAGUUUGUCUUCACUGCGAUUUAAGCCCGGUACCAAUAGGAGUAAAAGCUAAUAUACUACCUUUACAGCACUCAGGCUUUCUAAAUUGGCAGCAUAUUUAAAACGCCAUUUUAGUAAUACACUUUUGUGUGAGUAGUAUUAUGAAUGAAAAUCCUUACACUUGGUUUAUAACUGAAAAGAUUAAAAAUGAUAAGUUUUUAUAAACAUGCCGAUAUUUUAAACAUUUUUCUUUCUUAGGAGUGCUAUUUUAAUUGUUUAUAUAUAGUGCUUACAUUCAUUUUUUUUAUUAAAGUUAUUUUAAAUGUGAACAAGUCCAUUAACUGUUGUUCGGACUAUUUGUGUGACCAAUUUUUAUCAAAUGAAGAUGUUUGUACACAAUCAAAACAAUAACAGAGAGAUUUACGAACCUCUCAUAGGGCGUAUUGUUCUGUUCAUAGUAUACACAGUAUUAUCAAUAUUGUCUAACAUAAAUAUGUCGAUGACAUGCCAACAUAAUGUUUGUUAAGUAAUUGCUUUGUUAAAUCGUUGUCAUUGUUCUUGUUUACAUAUGGGUAUAUAUUAUUUUGUUAUUUUAACGAAAACGCGUCAUUUCAGAUGACAUAUUCAAAACUCAUUUUUUUUCAAAACAGUUUGCAGUCAUCAUAUUUGUUCCCUAUUUUUUGUACUGAAAGGAACAAACCUGAAAACAAUACAGACUUUGUUGAUUUCACCGUAAGAUUGUAAUUUAAUUAAAUAUUAUAUUUGCAUAUUUGUAAUGGUUAGAACUAUGUAAUUUUUAUUUAUCAAUGAAAUGAAAUACAAUUUGUCACUGAAAUCUUAAAUUGAAUGCUUUUGAUUGAAAAAUACGCCAUAAUGGACGAUUGAACUUCCUUAUAUUUAACGUAUUUUACGUCAUAAAUAUGAUGUCAUAAGAACUUAGAAAAUCUUGCUUAUUUUUGUAAUGGAAUCAUGUUUUUUUAUCGGAUUUGUUGUCCAGAAUGCCAGUUUUUAAUAUUUGAAACUUACUAUUGUAAUCUAAUUAUAUCUCAGGUAAAAUCGCUGUAUUUAUUUAUUUUUAUAUAAAAAACACAAUUUUCCCACCUGAAUUAAUUACAAUCCAAUAUAUUGCAUUUUGCUUGGAUGUUUUUAAUUGCAUAUGUACUUGCGAUGUGUAGAGAGUUUGAUGUUAGCGAUAACAAAUGUUUAUUUUUCAACGAAGGCUAAAACAACAUAACUAUUAUUGGACUAUUUGGAUUGAUUUAAAGAUGAAUUGGCUUUGAAUGGAUGUAUUGAAAUGAUAACUAUGAUUCACCUUGUCUGUAUCAAAAUAAUAUGUUUUCCUUAUAUUUUUCAAAUCAAUGCAUUUUACUUAUUGUAUACAAA